UUUUUAAUGAGGCCAAAGUAACUAAGGAUCCGAGAAGGCCCAAGCACAACAACACUCUCUCUUGCGUUGUGACAAGACAAAUUCAUAAAACCUUUCUAUCUUCCAACUGCAAAACUCUGAAAUUGACAUCGGAGGUGAAAAUGGCCGAAGAAGGGUGCUGUGAAAAUGGUGAGUCGACGUUUAAAAAUGGUAGCCACUGUAUUUCGAAGACUGAGGACACCGGAGGAAUCGACAGCAAGAGGUUUUACUUGGCUCGCACGACAGCUUUUGAGAUGCUUCGCGACAGAGGCUACGAAGUUAAUGAAGCUGAGCUCUCUCUCACUCUUUCUGAGUUUCGUUCUGUUUUUGGUGAGAAGCCAGACCUUGAACGCCUCCGUAUCUGCGUUCCUCUCCGCUCAGAUCCCAAGAAAAAGAUCCUUGUUGUGUUCAUGGGAACUGAACCAAUCACCGUGAAAUCAGUUCGUGCUAUUCAUAGUCAGAUUUCCAACAAUGUAGGCGUGAAUGCUAUGAUUCUGAUAUUACAGAGCAAAAUGAACCACUUUGCCCACAAGGAAUUGACAACCUUCCCUUUUACAGUUGAAACUAUCCCGAUUGGAGAUUUGUUGGUCAACAUCGCAAAGCAUAUUCAGCAGCCAAAGAUUGAGAUUUUAAACAAAGAGGAGAAAGAACAAUUGCUGAGGAAGCAUGCCCUUGAGGACAAACAGCUUCCUUAUUUGCAGGAGGACAGCUUCGUCAGAUACUAUGGGUUAAAGAAAAAACAGGUGGUGAAGAUUACAUACAGUAAAGAGCCUAUUGGGGAUUUUGUGACAUACCGAUGCAUCAUCUGAACUCUGAAGAAAGGCAAAUUCGUUGCAGCUACUCUAUGACUAAUUAAGACACUCCUUCUGUUUCCCAUUUCUUCUCCUCAAAACAGUACUUUAUGUGACCUUGGUGUGUGCUUACAAUUGUAUUAAGAGAUUGAAUCUGGUUUUGAAUGAGGAAAAAAACAUUGCAAACUA